UUAGAUUAGUAUCAUCGUAGAGAUUGUGUCGCGUAGAUUCUGUAUACGACAGAACGAAAGAAAGAAGGUUAAAAGAACGAAGAAACUAACAAAGAUACGUCCGUGCGAUCAGCUGUAAGUAAAAGAUAAAAAUGAGUACAAUCUCCAAUGGUAUUUACCCAAAAAGACAUCUGAAAAGUAUACUUGCUGAACGGAAUAACUUUCAUAAUGAAGAGAGUAUACUUUGUACAGAAGACAAUUUACAGCAAUCUUUGCAUACACUGAAUGAGGAAUUUGAAUCAUUCGGUAUUGCACCAGUAACUGCACACCAUAGUAUGCAAACUUUAGAAUCAUUCAAAAAGCUAUCCGUAAUAAUAAUAAAUGCUGCUUGGAACAUGAUACAUAAACAUAGGUCUUUAAUGCACGUACAUGAUCAGUUGAUAGAUUCAAAUCACAGAACUGGUAAUGAUAAUGUUAAUCUCAAGAAUCAGGUAAAACGUUUAAAAGAAGACAUACAAAAAAAGGAGUAUUUGUUACACGAGGCACAGGAGAAAGAAAGAAGACUUAAAGUACAAUGUGAGAGUAUGUCACGCGAUCUGAAACACGAAAAAGAAGAGGUGCGAAAAUUGAAAAAGCAAGCCCAGUCCAAAGAUAUUCAACAUGAACACGAAGUAAGAAGAAUUAUGCAGAACAGCCAGAAGCUACAGGAGCAGUUACAAAAAUCUGCUGGUACCUUUGUGCCGAGAGAUAAAGUCUUACAAAAGAUGCAGGCGAAUCAUGAGAAAGAACUGACUUCGUAUAAGCAAACUAUUUGCCACUUGGAAGAGAACAGUAGGCAAAUGUUGGAAGAAAUCAAUAAUCUAAAGGAAGCUCUGGAUUUACAUAGGACUGGAAUUGAUUUACAUAUCGAAGCAUCCGGAGCAUGGACAGACUUAAACACCAAAUCUGAUUGACGUUUGUAAUUUAUUUAUUAUUUUAAUGUGCACAAAGUGAAAGUGCAUGGAAUUAUUUAAAAUAUAUCUAUAUCUAUCUAAUAUAUCUAACUCCGUUCUAUUAUAUUAUAACGAAGUUCUAUUAUAUUACGAAUAUGUAUAGAUAUAUUUUAAAUUCUACUUUUAUUUUGUGCACAUUAAAAUAAUAAAUACAAACGUCAAUCAGAUUUGAUGUUUCAGUUUCCGGAUACUUCGGCGUUGUAAUAAUAUUACUUGUUGUCAAGAGCUCUAAAUAUUUUGCAAACAUGAUAUUUCGUAUAAAAAGAUUGUGUUUAAUUUGUUUAUUUAAAAUAAAUGCUUUGUGAUUUUAUGCUGCAAUUAAUAGAUCUGAAAUAUUUAACUCGGAAUUAAUUAAAAUAUAUCUAUACAUUCGUAAUAUAAUAGAACGGAGUUGUAAUAAUAUUGCUUGUUGUUGAGAGCUCUAAAUGUUUUGUAAACAUGAUAGUUUGUAUAAAAAUAUUGUGUUUAAUUUGUUUAUUUAAAAUAAAUGCUUUGUGAUUUUAUGG